AUGACGCGUCGGCGCGCGCGUCGCGACGCGCCCGCGAUCGCGCUCGGCGUCGUGGGCGUCUUCGGCGCGGUCGCGGGCGCGCGCGCGGCGCUCGUGGAGGUGCGCGCGCGCGAGCGUGUAGGAAUCAAACAGACACUGAGCGAUGAUCUCAAAGAGAGAGAACUCUCUUCGCGCGACGCGCGCUCGAACGUGGGCGUGACGUACGCGGACGUGGACGCGGACGACGUACUCGCGCGUGCGCUGGGUGUGACUUCGAGCGCGUCGAGGACGGACGAGGCGGGUGCGGAGUUGACGCUCGCCGCGCGGGCGCGCGGCAGUUUGGGCGGAGACGGGUUCGGACGAGCGAUGCGACGGAUUCGAGGGAGUGAUGUCGUCGAUGGUGGAGUUGAUGAAAGUGCAAUGCGCGUGUGGAUGUUCGCCCCGAACGGCCGCGGUGGAAGAGGGGCGGCGAAAGCGAUCGCGGCGAGUGGGCGACGGGCUUUCGUGGGACCCGAGUGCGAGCGCGAGCUCGCGCUGAGCGGGAUGAAGGAGGGCGAAAACGUGGUGUUCGACGCCGAACCUUUGGCGGCGUACCUUCGAGAGCGCGCAGGGACGAAGGAGGGGACGCUGCGAGGGGUGGUGAUGACGUGUGGAGAUGAAGACAGGACUCCUCAAAACGCGGCGGAAGCGUUCGCCAAAGAUUUGGAAACGAUUGAGCGCGCCGGCGUGCCUGCGGUCGGAAUUCUUUUCGACGAGGAGUCCAUUAGAGCUGGUGCCACAUCACGACCCUCGACAGGUCGCUCGCUUCUCGCGUCCGAUGCCUCCAGCGACCAGGAGUGCGGUUUCUUGUGCGAGACUCAAGUCCAGGUCAUAACGGGCGUCGUCAUCUUCUGGGGAUUGCUCUUGACCCUCGUGUACGGCUGGGGACUAAUGACAGAUUUAGACACGCCUACGGUAUUCGCCAAACCGGACGAUUCGCGCGCGAACCAGGACUGA